UUUAGGUUUCAGUUGAAAGCAGACAUGCAGAGCAAAAUAAUCAUUAGUUUAACCUUUCUUGCUUUAGUUCGGUUUGUUUUUCCUCACAAACUUAAUCGAAUUAUCAAUGGGCACUACGCAUCUCCUAAACAAUUUCCAUACCAAACAUAUCUCGAACAACUUGAUCUUUCCAAGCUUCACAAGCUUAUUACAUGGUCUCCUCUAUGCGGCGGAAUUUUGAUCUCCAGAAAUCGGGUCCUAACUGCAGCUCACUGUCUGCACGAUCCAAAUAUAUAUGCUGUAAAAAUAUAUUUCGGUGCUCUAAAUCUUUCGGAUGUUACGGAAGUGGGCCAACAAAUAUUGGUAGUCAAAAGAGAUCAUUUUGUGAUACACAAUGAAUGGGAUAGAAAUUUAAGUGUUAACGACAUCGCAAUGAUAAAGCUUCCAAUUUCACUUAUAUUAAAUGACUACAUAAAAGCUGUCCAACUGCCAAAUCCAGAAGUUCAAUACCAGUUCAGUGAAGCAAUUUCCUCAGGCUGGGGAAACAUCGACGACAAAGGAAACAUGGAUCCCAAAUUGAAAUACUACAAUCCCCAGAUUGUAUCUGAUAGUAAAUGCGAACACUGGUACAAGUCUUCAAUUGCUCCCGUAUUUCCGGCGUCGUUUAUCUGUAUAGCUCCAAAUGAGAAUAGACUGUGCAAUGGAGAUUCUGGUGGCCCAUUAGUAAUUAGGCAAGAAUCAAACUUUGUGCUACUCGGAAUAACAUCCUUUACAUUUGACAAAUGCUUGCCAAGUUACCCAACCUUCUUUACAAGAGUUUCUUCGUACCUUACCUGGAUUCGUGAAAACGCAGGAAGUGAAAAUCAAAUUUAAGACUUUCCUUGGACCUUUUAAAAAAUUUUAACAUAUAUAUAGGGUGUUUUUUUUAGAGGUAUAGAACUUUAAAUUGCAAUAAAACAACGAUGGAUUAUUCGA